AUGACUGAGCGAUUUGGUGUUGUGCUGAAGAAGAGAAGUAAAGAGCUGUGGUUGAGAGAGCUAUACCGGAGCCUGGCUAUAUACGACAAAGGUGCACGACCAGAGAUUGAAGACAAACAAAAAGGGACCGUAAAUGAGAAGCAAACAGAAGCAGCCGCGACAAACAGUAGCCUCGGCUUCGCAGUUGAUGCGCCAGACGAUGGUGACGAGGGAGACAACCAGGAAGAUGAUGAGCUUGUACUCGCAGCCCUAGAAUCCAUGGAUGCCACAGAGGUUUUUAAACAUGGCGAGCAGUCGAAUGUACAUCACUCGAUAAUACCCACCGACAACCUUCUCAAGCUUGUGGAGUUGUUGCUACUCAUUGCGCCCAUCGAUCCACAGCAGAGCAUUUCUAGCCUCUCCCCCGACCUGUCGCAAGGCCGAGUUGAGGAGCUACGACGAGCAGCAAAUGUCAUAAUGUUGUCCUUUGGUGUAGAGAACCAUCCUGGCGUCACGUACAACACCUUCAAUACAGUUGUCUCACUUUGCAUGCCGCAUCUCUUCAACGGACUACACCCACUUUUCGAGCACUUCCUGUUCGCGAAAGACUUUGACCUAUCAAAGCGAAAAGGCGGGUCUACAACUCCAACGGCGGAGACCAAGCCCGUGAUACCGCCACCGAAACCCGUCACUGAGCCUGAGCCACUCCUGCGAGAUCCGGGCGAGAUACUUAAUCUCACUAUACUCAGUCAGCUUUCCUUCUUUAUCGAUGGCAACCAGCUCUUCCGGCGUCUCCGGCCCUUAUAUAGAGGUAACCAACACGGCUUCAGCAUGGGCUCAUUCGAGAAGCAAGUCUUCAACUGGCGCGCCCCAACCAUACUCCUCGUAAAAGGCCGCCUCCUGCCAGCAAAAGCAUCGAGUACACGAGAGCGUGCGCUUGAAAAUCUCCUACCACCUAAGCGCUAUCCAAGCAGCAUUCCCGAGACCGCCACAAACCAGUCCCUCGUCUAUGGCGGCUUUGUCCCGUCGCAGUGGAAAAAUACUGGCAAGGCGUGCUUCGGUGACGCAAACACCAAACUCUUCCAGCUAUCGCCCACACAUGACGUCUUUUCGCCUUCACAAUACGCUGACAACUAUGUGUACUUCAACAAAUCUCCAACACAUCCACCUGGUCUUGGAUUCGGGACAAAGAUACCACUUCAGUCAUCGGCGCAUUCGCACUCGCAAGAGACAUUCAAACCUGGCGUCGUGUCUCUGCAUCUCGACGACGCGUUAGAGUUUGGCAUCUUCACACACAUCUCGGGUGGUGGCGGAACAUUCCAUUCAAGUGGGCUGCCGUGUCGGAAAGGCAAGGACUGGCAGGACCGCUUUGAGAUUGAAGAGAUUGAGGUCUGGGGAUGUGGUGGUGAUGAGGUUGCGGAGGCGCAGCGGAAGGAGUGGGCGUUUCAAGAGAGGGAAGCGGAGGCGAGGAGGAGGAUUAAUUUGGGUACGGGGGAUGUCGAGUUAGACAGGGAGUUGUUGAAGAUGGCUGGGAUCAUUGGCGGCAGUCAAUCUGGGGGCAGCAUGGGCUGA